UGGACAGUAGUUCUGUCAUGGAACAGAAAAGAGUGGAAUGUCCAUUAGAUAUUGAGGAGCUAGGCAGAAGUACAUGGUCUUUUCUUCACACAAUGGCAGCAUAUUUUCCUAGCAAACCAUCACAACAGCAGCAAUCUGAGGUUCACCACUUCAUAACAACAUUCUCUAAGUUUUAUCCGUGCCCUCACUGUGCAGACGACUUCAGAGAGAGAUUGAAGGAACACCCAGUUGAUGCAAGCAGUCGAAGAAAUCUGUCGCGUUGGAUGUGUGAAGAACACAAUGUCGUUAACCGAAAGUUGGGCAAGAAAGAAUUCAACUGUGAACUGGUUGACCAGCGAUGGAGAGAUGGUUGGAAAGAUGGAUCCUGUGAUUAAUACGAGUACAUAAUUAGGAAAUUUUCCCCAACGUUAGAUAUUUUAUUAGCCCGUUGAUUAGCUACUAUGAAUAGGAAUAUAUCUAUGUAUCCUAUGUAUAUAGGAUCACAUGUAUUUUUUCUAUCAACAAGGUGCAUUCUUUGGUCAAGUACAUAUAAGCAGGAUUAUGUAAUAAUAUGAGAUAUUAAGGGUACUUAAUAUUAACCUUUUAACUAUGCACUCUUGUUGUAAUUAAUAUCGUCCAAUAUUUGAUAUCAGAAUGGUAAGAUUAUGAGAUUGUAUACGUGAUGGGGCACUCGGUACCCCCCCCCCCCCACCCCCCCCCACACACACAC